AUGGCUGGCAUCUUUCUGCUCCUGUCGUUAUGCGUGGUCAUGGCAUUGGCCUCGUUCCUUGCCGGAGCCUUGCCGCUGUCCAUGACGCUGUCGCAUUCGCAGCUACGUCUCAUCUCGAGCAUCGGCGUCAGCGGCCGUUACGCCGGCUUCGUCGUCCCACGCCCAUCGCGCACGGAGUCUUGCGCAAAGGGCGCCGUGAAACUAGCGAUCGAGGAGCGAUAUGAGCCCACCUUGGCUCCCGCAGCGAGCAUCGAUCUACGACGAGACAUGGUGGGCGAUGAGCUCGAGCAUGAGCACGCCCUCUCGAAUAUUAUCAUUUCUCGAGCUGCGUCCGAGUCUACGGAAUUGACGCAGGACACGCGCGACUCCGACUCAUCCGCAAAUGCGCCGGGGGCUCCCGAGCGAGACGGGGACAAGCACGGCGAGCAAGGCCACGCAGAGAUUCCGGCGUUUGAAGUUGGCUUCUCCAUGGUUCUGGGAUUCGUCCUCAUGUUCCUCAUUGACAGGCUGCCCAGGCACGCGACGGAGACUUUCCAAUCCGGGCCCCAGACGACGCACAUGAGCCUCGACAGUCUAGGGGUGGACGGGGCCCUGGCUGACGACGAGGCCGACGGGUUCCUCGGCUCCUGA